AUGGGUUAUGAUUCACCAGCUCGCGGUGGUGGCGGUUUCCGGGGUGGUGGUGGACGAGGAUUUCGCGGUGGUGGCGGAGGAGGUUUUCGUGGAAGCCCUCGAGGAGGAGGUGGAUUCGUUGACCGAGGACGAGGUGGUGGUGGCGGCUUCAGAGGUCGUGGAGGAUCGCCCGGUGGAAUGAGAGGCAAAUCGCCUGGCGGCGGGUUCCGUGGUGGAGAUCGAGGAGGUUUUCGUGGUGGAGAUCGCGGUGGCUUUCGAAGUGGAGAUCGCGGCGGCUUUCGGGGUGGAGAUCGCGGCGGUGGAUUCAGAGGUGGACGGGGAAAUAGUCGUGGCAGAGGAGACUUCACGCCACGUGGUGGACGCGGUUUCUCGCCGCGCGGAGGUCGAGGUGGUUUCAAUCCUAUGAGCGAUCGCAAGCGACGCGUCUUUGGCGAUGAGGAUGAUGAAGAAGAAACUGGCAAGAGGUUCAAGUCGCUCCCCAACACUCCUUUCCAGAAAGGAAGAAAGUCUUUUGAUGAUAAGGAAAAUGAAGAGAAGCCACGAAAGGCUAAGCCAAUCACCCAGAAAAAGCAGCUAGACUUUGAUGAGGAUUCCGAAGAAAACUCCGAUGAAGAGCUUGAAAUGGCCGAGGAUGGUAGCUUGGAUGAAGGAAGCGACGAGGGUGAAAGCGGUGAAGAGAGCGACGUUGACGAAGAGGAAAACGAAAGCCACCCGAAGAAGAAACUAGUCCAAGGAGCCGAUGAGGACGAUGAUGAAGAGGAGGAUUCGGACGAAGAAGAGGGAGAUGAUGAUGAUGAGGAGGAGGAUUCCGAAAGCCUUGAGGACGAAGAAGACGUCGUCGGAAAGUUUGCCUCUAAAAACGCCAAAAAAACUGCCGUCACACCAAAGCCUUCAAUGAAGGCUGCCAAUGGAGCCACAUCCGAGAAGAAGAAGGUCAACCUUAGCAAUGUCGCAACGCCUCCACUUUCAACAGUCAAAACUCCUGGGACUCCUCAUCCCACAAAGACUGAUAAGAAGGCCCUGCCUGGAAAAUCUCAACCUAAAUUGGUGUUUGACUCCGAUGAAGAAGAAGAGGAUGAAGAAGACGAAGACGAAGAUGAAGAGGACGAGGACGAGGAAGACGUCGAAGAUGAGGAUGUAGACGAAGAUGAAGAUGAGGAUGAAGAAGAGGAGGAAGAGGUCCCAGCUACGAAGUCUACGGCAAUCACCCCAAAGUCUGCUUUGAAGCUGUCGUCAGCUGCUACCACUGCUGAAAAGAAGAAGGCUUCAAAAACUCCAGUAACGCCUCAUCCGACAAAGAGCGAUAAGAAGCUUUCACAGAGUAAGCAACCACAAUUGGUCUUUUCUGACGAAGAGGACGAGGACGAGGAUGAGGAAGAGGAGGAUGAGGAAGACGAAGAUGAAGGAAGCGACGAGGAAGAGGAGAGCGAAGAUGAACCUCCAAAAAAGAUAGAAACCUCGAAACCAGCUCCAAAAGCUGUGUCAACGGUGAAAGCUCCAACAUCUGGUGGCGGCGAUUUGAAGUCCGUGAAAAGAAAGGCUGAAGAACCUGUUAAAGGGGCACCUUCCGCAAAGGCAUCAAAGCUUGACGUGAACGAAGUUAUUGCUGAAGAGGAGAAACGGAGACAAGAGCGGGAUGAGCGCUCAUUGUUCAUCAAAGGUUUCCCCAAGAGCAUGACCCAAGCUGAGCUGGAAAAAAUCCAUCCGGAUGUGGAGGGCGUUCGAAGCAAAAAAGGCCGCUCGUUCGGCUGGCUUAUCUUUAAAAAUGCAAAUGCCUGCAACCUUGCUUACAAGACGCUUUCAAAGAUGAAAAUCAAGGGAAUGCCUUUGUUUGUGGACUACUGCGGCAAACGAUCUACUCAAGAAAAGGAGACUGCCACAUCUAAUCAACAGCCGAUCAAUCCGCUCGAGCUUUGCUUGCAAGGCUUUCCGCCAAGCACCACCCAGCACCAACUCAAAGUCAUCUAUCGAUCGGCCCAGACCAUUCGAAUUCAGCCACAAAAGGCUGAUUAUAAAGGAAAAAGUUUGGCCUUCGUUCGAUUUGGGACUGAAGAAGAUGCUAAGGCUGCAUUUGACAAAAGCCGAAAUCUUUCCAUCAGCGGAAAACCGGUGGAUGUCUUCUACUCGAGAGUGAGAAAAACGGCGGACCAGGUGGAAAAAGAAAAGGCUCUGCUCAAACUCAAGAAGCAGGCGGAAACUUCAAAGGACAAAACUCUCGUUGCUCCGUCAAAACAAAAUGGUGUUGCAGCUCAGCAAAAGAAACUUCAAGCUUUAAAGAAAAAGGACGAUUCAGAAGAUGACUUUGAAGAUGAAGAUGACGUUGAAUCCAGCGAUGAAGGAAUUGAAGAAGUGCCCAAGAAGGUCGUCAAGCAGGCUGGAAAGAAGCCAAUUGUCGAGGAGUCUGACGACGACGAUGAGGAAGAGGAGGAGGAUGAUGAUGAUGAAGAAAUGGAGUCGGAUGAAGACGAAGAGGACGAUGAA